AUGCGGCUUCCGUCUCUCAUAGCGCGGGCAGCGCUUCUCCUGCUCACCUCCUUUGCCAUACCUAUCUCCGCCGUAGACGUCAAACACCCGUCUACCCUCGUCCUCUCCUACGAAUACGUCUCCUCAUCCACCACCAGCACACCCUCCCAACUAGCCAUCAUAAAUUACGACCCCAAGUCCCUCCGAUACUCACUAACGUCCUGGACACCACCGACCUCCGCACCCGACGCCAAACCUGACGAAACCACAUCCACGGCUCUCCUCCGCAUUCUCCUUCCCAACGGCUCCUCCACCGUGACCACCCUCUCCACCUUCUCAACCGCCCUGAAACAACACGUCAACCUAUACCUCUCAACCGACGGCACCGCACUUUCUGCUUCAGUUACUUCGAUAAAGCCGGCUCCGCCAACGCCGGAAGAAGCUGCCUACCAAGCCAAAGUCGCACGCGCCAAAGCCCGGGGUAAACCUAUCCCGCCACGACCCAAACCUGAGAAACCCAAGAAGCCCAAGAAGGGCACUACCCCGACCGCAAUUCCAGUAGCGCAGAAGCCCGUCGUGCCGGAAGAGGACAUUCCCGAAGGCCAGCCACGGGUAGUGUUUGUACAGGAGCAGCCGGGCCCGAGUCCGAAGCUGUUGAGCCGGGCGCCGCCGGUGGUGGACGCGGAUGGGAAUGAGGUCGUGAGAGUCGUGGAGGCGGAGAAGAGUUUCUAUCAGAAGUAUUGGUGGGUUAUUGCUGGGGUGGUCCUGAUGACGCUUGUUGGUGGGGGUGGUGGGGAGAAGUAG